UGCGACAGAGGAAAAGAGGGGAAGACGACCCUAAGAAGCGGAAGCGGAAGCGAAGGCGAAGGAAGAGAGAGAGAGAGAGAGAGCAAUUGAGAGAGAAGGAUGGAUGUGGUGAAAGCGCAGCAGAUGGCCGGGCGGGCGGUGGAGAAGGUGAUAGUGCACCCGCUGGUGCUGCUGAGCAUCGUGGACAACUACAACCGCGUCGCCCGCGACACCCGCAAGCGCGUCAUCGGCGUCCUCCUCGGAUCCUCCGCCAAGGGCACCGUCGACGUCACCAACUCCUACGCAGUUCCUUUUGAAGAAGAUGAAAAGGACCCAAGCAUUUGGUUUUUGGAUCAUAAUUACCAUGAAUCAAUGUUCUCCAUGUUUAAAAGAAUAAAUGCCAAGGAGCAUGUUGUGGGUUGGUACAGCACAGGUCCAAAGCUACGGGAAAAUGAUUUGGACAUUCAUGCUUUGUUUAAUGAUUAUGUUCCUAAUCCUGUGUUGGUGAUUAUUGACGUCCAACCUAAGGAGCUUGGUAUACCUACCAAAGCCUACUAUGCUGUUGAAGAGGUCAAAGAGAAUGCUACACAGAAAAGUCAGAAGGUGUUUGUGCAUGUACCUUCAGAAAUUGCUGCUCAUGAAGUUGAGGAAAUUGGAGUGGAACACUUGCUGAGGGAUGUCAAGGAUACAACAAUCAGCACUCUUGCAACAGAGGUUACUGGCAAACUUGCAGCUUUGAAAGGGCUAGAUGCAAGGUUACGUGAGAUACGUGGUUAUCUAGACCUUGUAAUUGAUGGGAAGUUACCAAUGAAUCAUGAGAUUUUGUACCAUUUGCAGGACAUAUUUAAUCUACUUCCGAACCUUAACGUGAAUGAAUUGAUCAAGGCUUUUGCAGUGAAAACAAAUGACAUGAUGCUAGUUAUAUAUCUUUCUUCCCUCAUCCGGAGUGUUAUUGCACUUCACAACUUGAUAAAUAACAAAAUGCUCAACAAGGAACAUGAAAAAGCUGAAGAUUCCAACCCCACGGCGAUACCCAAUGCAGCAGGAAGCUAAGGAUCAUAUGUUCAAGGAUAUCGCUUUGGAAAUAGAGCUAAUGAUCUUUAUUUCACAUGGUCCUAUCGUGCAGAAUUUCACGGCACAUACGUUUGGAUGUAUUUCCGUACUGAACUACAAAGAACUGAUUGAAGAUGCAUAUCAAAGUUUUCUCUUGUAAUUUUUAAUAUUCCUAGUUGGCUACGCUGAAACAGGCUCAGUUUGGAUUUAGAGGCCUCUAAGAACUUUCAAUUUGUAUCAUUAGUUCAUUACUUCAGCAACCCUUCCUUACCUGCUUAGGACUGGGAAGAGAGUACUCACAAGUUGGCUGUAUCAAUGAAUUUGGAUUUAGUUUGCACCUUUCCCCUGAGA